UCGCUUUUGCCACAUGCCGANUUGGCCAAAGUAGGCGAGUUGGUUCACAGCGUGCCCACAGCUGUGUCUCAUCAGAGUUCUACCAUCGUUCACAAUCGCGCCAAUGUUGUUACACCAAUCGUAGCGCCGGCAGUAAAGACACACGUCACACCGGUUAUCAGUUCGUAUCUAUCCCCAGUGGUGCGUUCUUAUCCAGACAUCUAUCCAUACAACUACUACUACAACUUCUAUCCAUAUAAUACCUACAAAAGCAUCUACUAAACUUUUGAUGGUUGUGGAUAAAAUGGACAAAAGUGACUUACUCGAAAUAAUGUUAACACGAAAAAAAAAAAAAAAUUGUAAACAAGUAAUUUUUAAGCAAAAACCAAACCGACUUCAAUUAUCAUAUAUGUACAUUUCUUCAUGAUCCAAUAACAGAAUCUAAACCAAAUUGGAAGGGGACCACCAGCUCUUGGGUACCACAUUUCCUUCAAAAAAAAAAAGAAUUAUAGAAAUCAGUUAACGUGGUCCAAAGUUAUGCGAUAACAUACAU